CAUAGUAUUACAUAUAUUUCGAAACAGCUCCCAUGGUGAAAAACACAAACAAAUAAAAAUGACAAAAUGGAACAAGAAACAUAACAAACAAAACUUAAGCAAACAGAUUAGAUAAUUAUGGGGUGUAAUAAUAGCAGCUUGAAGAAAGAACAUAAUAGCAAUAGAAAAGAUGCUGGGGAAAACCCAAUCAGGAUUGAAUACAUCUUCCAAAGAGAAGGCAUGGUUCUGUUUCAAAGUGGCUACCUCAUUGAAAAACCCAAACACCUGGUGAACCUAGCACUGGUGGGAUCCAAACUCGAAGUAAUACCAACCACAGAAUCAAGGCAAUCAACUCAAAUAGGAUCCAGUUACACCAAAGAUAAAAACCAGAACAAUGCCAGAGUUCUCUCAAAACAUGAAAACAGUAGAAGAAAAGUAAAAGAGGUCUCAUCUGAAAAAGAAAUCAAGCUUUCUCGGUCAAUGAAAUCAAAGCUGGCAAAUUCACAUCACAGUAGUAGUCAUGAGUCUAUUGUAAAAGAUGACGCUAAGCCUGUCCAUAAUGCCUCUAAGACCUUCACAAAGACAUCUAUAGGAUUGAGUAAUGGCGACCAUCCUGUACAUGUAAAACCAAGAUGGAAUCAAAACCACACAGUUGCUAGAAAUAAUUCAAAUAAUAACACGCCAUCCAUAAUCCGCAUUGGUUCAAACCAUACCAGCCAGGAGAGCUUCUGGGAACAGAAUAUCAAUAUCUGUCGGAAGGAAACUAAAAGGCUGCUCCCCAGUCCUGUUGCUAAGGAGAUACAGAAGUAUAACCCGGAUGCUCGAAAGAUUUUAAAUCGUUUAUCAAAUGUGUGGAUAAGUUACCAAGGUGCCCUUUGGUUGGAUCAGGAAUACCAGUAUUGGGAGAGUAUGGGAGAUGUACACCCACAUCCACAGUUCAUCAAAUGGCAACGUAGCUGGGAGGGCUUCAACAUCAAGAAACCUGUUUGCUUAUAUACUAAAGGUGAUUUUCCAAUAGCACUAGAUAUCAAGCAAGGCAAGUUAAAAGACAGUGCAUUUUUAUCUGUUCUUGUAUCAAUCAUUGAACAUAAAGCCAUGUACAAAGCAAUUGUCCCAAAGGAUGCCUAUCCUGUAAAUACAAAACUAUACAAUGGACAAUUUUACUGCAAUAUGUGGGUGGAAGGAGAGCUCACACGGGUCUAUGUAGAUGAUUGCUUACCCUGCAGCCAUUCAAGUGUAUGGGGAGCUAAAACCUCAACACCUGGGGAAAUGUGGCUACCUCUCUUGGAAAAAGCCUAUAGUAAGGUCUGUGGAUCAUACGGUUCUAUUGAGGCGGCUAGCCCUGCAAUGGCUUUCCUGGCUCUGACUGGGGGUGUCACAGAGUGUAUACCCAUCAUGGCAACAUCCAAAAUUCCAGUAAUUGAUUACAUGAAACCUGCGCUGAACUCUGGGGCUCUAGUUGUUGCCCAUAGCAACCUUUUAUCUGAUGACCCAGAGUCUAAUAACAACCAUCAGCAACUAUACUUCACAGUUACUGGAAUAGCCUCAGUCCAGAUGGCCAGCUCAGAAUUCCAUGUUAUCCAGCUAUGGAGCCCUGCUUCGCUGAAACAAUUCAGCGUUCUGAACAUCCUCAGCCUCACACAGACCACAUAUCCUCACAUGGUCGGUGACCUUGAGAUACCAUCUUCAAUCCUACAAGAACUUCUACCACGAAACCGCCAUAAACGUGAAUUUUGGCUGCCACUGGAGAAUUUCCUAGAUCUAUUUGACAAACUUUAUAUCUGUAGCAUAGCGCCACCUAUUGCUCAAACCUUGUUCUCAACACUGAUGAAGCACGAGGUGCAGAUUCAUGGGGAAUGGAAAGGAAGAGAAAAUACUAAGUCUGAGACACCAAUGUUUAAGUUUGAAGUUAAAGGAAAGUGUAAGACACCAGUGGUGCUUCAACUGGUCCAGAAUAUUCUAGCACUGGAAAGGUACCAAGAGAAACACCCAACUUUAGUUGACAUGCGGCUGGAUGUCUACAGGAUUGACCAUGAGGAGAAAACUGAAAAGAUCAGUGGAUUGAAGCUUGUCCUUGAUGACCUACUGGUAGACAGAGGUUACCAUGCCACCAGAGUGUUGUCAUACCGUUAUACAUUAACGCCAGGGGACUAUAUUCUUAUUCCACGACGUAUAAGUGGCACAAAGGACAUCAGAUUCUACAUUCGUCUAUUCAGUGAUAUUAUGGUCCCAUAUAGUGAAAUAAGAGAACCAACUCAACUGUUCAUACGCAGUCCAUUGAAAACUGACAAAGAACCAACCAGCGAUGUUGAUAACAAAGUAAGCUCAGUGCGUGGGGUCUACCUUGAGAUGGAACCUGAUAAACCAGGCAAGGGGAGCCAUAUACGCAGCCAUCAGUACAUUAUCAAAGUGAAGAGAGGCUCAAGUAUACCAAUACGACUCGCCUUAACACAGGAGACUGUUAAACCUCAAAUUGUGCUAGGAUUCCAUGUGUAUGCCAUCAAAAAAGCCUCUGAUUUUCCCCUAGAUCGAGUCUACCCGAAAGGCCUGUUAGUGAAACCAACUGAACAACCAAGUAACCUACAGAAGACAUUCAACUACCAGAGAGAGUAUGAACUAUCACCAGGAAUAUAUGUUGUGAUGUUGAAUACAGAUGAAAUCAAAGCAAGGAAAUGGGUGGCUUUGACACUCCAUAACUAUUUGAAACACAAUGAUGUCACAUUUCAAACAGUGGUAUAGAAAUAUAAAAGUCAAUUCAAUGGAAAUGAGAAAACCAUUCAUAAAAAUGAAUAAACAUUCAAGACAAAAAUGAGUAAUAAAAAACAUGAAAUAUUGUAACAACAACAUGAGUUAGUUCAUUCUAAAAAAACCAAAAUAGACACUUACUCAUUGGAAAAGCCAGGUUGUUGGUAAUUGUCCCCAUACUGUUGGUCCUGGUUAUAAUCAUCCGAGUAUUCAUGGUCCCCUGACCCUUGCAUUGGAAACUGUGCUGCUUCCCCCUGGUAGGUCUCUGUUCCCUGGUCAUAUUCUUGUCCCUCAUACAUCUGUUGACCAUCUUGGCUGUAAUUGCCCGGGUUACCUUGAUUAUAGUUGCCUUGGUUACCCUGGGUGUAGUUACCUUGGUUAUUCUGGUUGCCAUGGGGAUAGUUGCCAUUGUUAAACUGUUGAUUGUAUGGAACCAUUUCUCCAUCUUCAUACUCUGUAAUCAAAGGUGCAAUUACUUUAUGACAGGUUUAGUUAAUGAAUAUUGAAAUCUUUAGCAUCACACCAGAAUAUCCUGAUAACGGUAAAGUCAGAUACCACUGUCACAAAUUGUGGCCAUGGGUUCCUAUUCGAUUUGAUUUUU